ACUGCCAGCAAUGGGAGAAGUUCAAUGGGCAGAAACAAAGAGAAGAACAAGGAAGUCGAGAAUUUCAGAAAUUGAAAAGGGAUAAGAGAGGAAGGAGAAAAUGCUGGGCUGGUGUGAAGCGAUAGCCCGUAACCCUCACAGAAUCCCAAACAACACGCGAACACCUGAGAUCUCAGGGGAUUUGGCUGAUGUCUCACAAACCUCCACAUUGAAUGACAAAUCCCCAGGACGAUCUGCAAGUCGAUCAAGUAAUAUUUCAAAAGCAAGCAGCCCAACAACAGGGACAGCUCCCAGGAGCCAGUCAAGGUUGUCUGUCUGUCCAUCCACUCAGGACAUCUGCAGAUCUGCCAUCUUGCAUGACAUGUCAGAAGAUGCAUUUGAGCAUUGCACCCCUGUCAUGGUGCUGAGCCCUGCUAGGAAGGAGUCUGGUAAGAAAUCAGUAAAACAGAGGCCUAGGAGGAGGAGAAGGGCCUCUGAGAGAUAUGAGCAUGCAGAAGAACAAAUAAAGGGGAGAAGAAAUGAUUUUCACCUCCAAAUCUCAAGCCCCAGAUGGAGUGAACUUUACACAGAUUCUUCAGAUUCAUCUUCCACAGAUGAGAGUCAUUGGAUUCAGGCAAAAAGGAGAGCUCACGUUAAAUUCCUGUCACGAAGAAGAAGGAGAAAUAAUAAUAAACCAUAUGGAAACUUGGAUGGGUCGUCCGCUCCUAAUGGAAUUGAUCUGGUAGAUUUGGGAUCCAAAGGUGAAAAGCAUCAAGAGCUGAUUGACUGUGAGAGUUGCUCUUUAAAUCUCUGCAGAGGAAAAGGCACAAGCUACUCAGAACACAGUCUUUCCCUGCCGAGAGAAUCCUUUCCGAUUAAGAGAUCCUCAAGGAACCAGCAGGAAAGCGAAGGCAGGUACCACCACAGGGAUCCUCAGCUCUUGCAUAGUCUUAGGCAAAAUGAAGCAAUCAAGAAAAGAUUUUCUGAAGCAGAUUCCAGCACCGAAAUAUUGGCAGGAGUAGAAGGCAGCAAGUAUGUGGAUGAUGCAGCGUUCCAGGUGAAUAACUCUGUUCAGAAGCCUCCUGCCACCUACCAUGACGAGUCUGAUAAUUUAAAAGUAUGCAGGAUCUGUCACUGUGAAGGGGAUGAAGAAAGCCCCCUCAUCACACCCUGUCGCUGCACGGGCACCCUGCGCUUUGUCCACCAGUCCUGCCUCCACCAGUGGAUCAAGAGCUCAGACACACGCUGCUGCGAGCUCUGCAAGUAUGACUUCAUCAUGGAGACCAAGCUCAAACCCCUCCGGAAGUGGGAGAAACUACAGAUGACCACAAGCGAAAGGAGGAAAAUCUUCUGCUCCGUCACGUUCCACGUAAUCGCGAUCACUUGUGUGGUUUGGUCCUUGUAUGUAUUAAUAGAUCGGACCGCGGAGGAAAUCAAGCAAGGCAAUGACAACGGUGUCCUUGAGUGGCCGUUUUGGACAAAACUGGUUGUGGUGGCCAUUGGCUUCACAGGAGGCCUCGUCUUCAUGUACGUACAGUGUAAAGUCUACGUUCAGUUGUGGCGCAGGCUGAGGGCCUACAACCGUGUGAUCUUUGUGCAGAAUUGCCCAGACACUGCCAAAAAACUGGAGAAGAACUUCUCAUGUAACGUAAACACGGACAUCAAGGAUGCUGUGGUAGUGCCUGUAUUACAGACGGGUACAAAUUCACUGCCAUCUGCAGAGGGCGGCCCCCCUGAGGUCAUACCAGUGUGAUGGAACCAGUUGGGAGGUUCUUCACCGAAGAGUAUCUUUCUAGCCCUCAGUCACUACAAAUGACAGAAGUGAUCCUGAAUUAUUCACUCUCUUUAUCUUCUCCUCUUUCGCCUAUUGAUUCGUUUUUCCUUACUUUGCUCAACAAGGAAAAGAGGAAAACAAACACCAAAUGACCAGGAUCCCAUGAAGCAGAGUCUAAAGUGUGAUAUGGAAAUGUGAAACGUUUGCUAGAGAAUGAUUUCCAAGACAGUUAAGACCCACUGGGGCAAGGAAUGUUUUUAGGCAAUGAUGAAAGACUAAAGGACACGUGCGUCUUCACAGUAGCAGGGGGAAGUUCAAGAACACAGACUUGAAUUGCAAUGUGUAGUUCAUCUAGGGCCUCGUAAUGUUAACCAUCUCACCCGGAAAUCACAAACAUAUUUGGUUGUAAGCCUGAAAUUGUCUGCAUCAUCCCUAAGGCACAUCAGAAGCAAACUUGGAGGAUGCGUAUUUUGAUAUUCGUACUCUGACAGAUUUUUAUGGCUAUAGUGGAGUCCAGUUGUUUUGACAGAUGCAUGUUUUUAAAAUAGAUGCAAUACGCACUUGAAGAUAUUAAUACUUGGAAUUAUGUUUAAAUCAUGAACAAAAGAUUUUCAGAGAUUUUUGGCGUUUAAUUAACUCUGUUAAAUACCCACAGAAGUUGAAAUCAGCUGUCAGGUCCUAUAUUUUAUCUGGUUCCUCUAAAACAGUGCUGGUCUAACAGAAAUAUAAUGUGAGCCACAAAUGCAGGCCACACAUGUAAAUUUUAAGUUUUCUAGUAGCCCCAUUAGAAAAAGUAAAAGUAAAUAGGUAAAAUUAAUUUUGAUAAUAUAUUUUAUUUAACAUUAUAUAUCUAAGUUAUUAUUUCGACAUGUCAUCAAUAUAGAAAAUUGAGAUAUUUUACAUCUUUUUUAAAUGAACCAUGUCUUCAAAAUCCAGUAUGAAUUAACCAUAUUGGAUAGUGCAGCCCUAAAAUCUGCUUCAUUUAACAGUUGAAUAUUUCAAAACAGCAGCUUCAUUCAUUCUUUUACUCGAAGUCUCACAAAUGUUAUGAUUUUACAAAGUGCUAAAGUAAUCAAAUUAAAUUUCCUGGUUGAAGAGUUAGAUGAAGUUACCAUUUCUCUAAAGGGUGAAAAAAACCAAAGUAUAGAAAGACAAAGCAAUCUAUCUGUGACAAAGUUCUGAAGUUAACUUGUUUCCUACAAUGAUGCAUUGAUGACAGGGAAAAUAAAAAUUAAAUAUUUUUAUUAAAUAAAAUGUGUAAGGUUUUUUUAAUCCACAUGAGGUGUCACCUUGACAGAUGAGUAGUUAUGAUGACCAAGCAUUUAGACUCAAUUUUAAAAAGCUGAUGGUAUUUCUCCUGCUCAGCUGGGAAGCAAAAAUAUUCAACAGAUUCUGUGAUAAGUAAUAAAUUGAGUUGUUCAGGUUUGCCAGUUGAUUAUUGUGUUCUUUGCAUAUUCAUGUAAAACUGAAGCGUGAAUGAUAUUGCAGUGAGCUAGAUUAAUGAUUAUAGAUAUAGUAGCCUGUCAAAGAAAGAUGUCUUACAUUAAAAAGGUGAUUUAUUUUUGUUAGCUGUCAUAUUUAUUAUCGUGAAAGGCAACCAUGAUGGCUGUAAGAACCAAAGCAUGGGUAUCGCAUUGCACAAAUCUGGGUAUCACAUUGAUGCACUUUGUAAUUAUCAGUGUGCUUGUUCUUCACAGAUUAUCGUAGGAGAAAGGAAAAAGAAAUAAUCUUUUAAUGAGGAAAAAGAUGACAUGACUAUUGGUAGUGGCUGACAGAGUCCAAAUAGUCCCAAUUCCUAGAAAUAAAUAAAAGGUAAACAAUGUCAACUUUGUGUGUGUGUGUGGUGUGCGUGUGUGUGCGUAUUCAUGUAUAUACACGAGAAAAAUGUUAAGGUUUUCAGUCAGUGAGGAAACAAAAGGUUUAAAACUCAUCUUUCUUCAAACAUGCUGUGGGGCAUAGAAUAAAGGCAUAGGGAAGACAGAGUUGAGCGGACUAAGCUGGACCAAAAUUUCUGCACAUGUAAGGACAUAAGUGGUGUUUAAAUUAUAUGAACCUUAAACAAACUAGACUUUGCAUUAACGUCCUCUUACAUUUCCAUUGUAAAGGUUUAAGAUAAGUACGUUCAUGGAUAACAAAGCUGUGGGUGAUUUAAUCAUAGCACCUCCCCCAAGGGAUUAAUCUUGAUUCAUUUUUUCUGUUAAUUUCCCUAAGCUUUCUACUAACCCAUUUUUCCUCUGGUUUAGCAAUGGCAAUGUGUUGUUUACAAAUACUCCUGGGGGAAAAAAACCUAGUCACCAGCCAACAAAGAAAUACUGAUUUCUCUUUUGUUUGCUCUGGAAGGAAAAAGAUUAUUUAGCUUAAUUACCACCAAAAAUACUGUUUAAAUUCUGUACAAACCUAAGCAAGAUAGAUAAGUGCAUAGCUCAUUUCACAGUGGGAGAUGAUUGGCUAAAAUAAGGCCUCCUUCAUUAAGAGCUACACCGAACACUAAGAAAACAUUUCUAGAAUGAAAAGGAAAGAUAAGCAUUACUGUAUUAAUACAAGAUGACAUGGUGUUUUAAAACCAUACCUAAAUUCUCAAAAUUAACUUGUAUAGGCUUUGACUUUCUUGAAAUGAGAAUAUAGCUUCCUAGAAGCCUAAAAGUCAACAAUGUAUUCUGCUAUCCUUCUGACCUUUUUAAACCCUGAACUCCUGAAUUUAAAUCUUUUAAGUUUUCCUACAAUGGCUGUUUAUGGUUCAAACAAUUUGAAAUAACUAUGUGCAUUUAAAACCUAAUGUUGAUUAUUUUCCUUUUAUAUUCUGUGUGGCAAUGGUACAUUGGCCUUUUCAAGAAAAGGAUCUGGCUUUGUGACAACACUUUUGCGAACUGGAUAUAAUCUUCAAAAAGAAAAACUGCUCUCCAAAAUGACAAUUUUUUGAAGCAUGUUUACCUGCUCAUGUAAGAAACAAAAUGCAAUGGAAACAACUGAAAUUGAGGGAUGAACUUACAGUUCUGCUAAAAACCUUGGCUUUUUAUAACCAUGAUCUGUGGUAUUAUCAAUACCAUAAACCACAAACAUUUAUGCUGUUAAUUUUUUUAAUUGUCACUUUUAUUGUAUAGGAUCAAAGAUUAAAUUGUAAAGCAAUGACAUUCCAGUAUUUUUUUAAAAGUGAAGCCAAAAAGGCAACUAAGCUUAAGUACAAACACAAAUAAAACAAAAAUGAAAAUAAAAAUAAAAAU